GUUCAUUCUAAGCACAUGUACCAUGAGCACCUCUCGUCCCAUUAUACCAGUUCGUACUCUACACACUAUCAAGAGUUUGACUCGAAAAAACAAACAAAGAUGCAAACCGCUAUACGACCGUGGAAUGAGCAUAUGCAACUCAUCAUCAUCCCUGGGCCAAGGUCUGGUUAGGGCGAGCUGUCAUGAUCCUCAACAGUACCUACUCCAUUGCUUACGGGUACCCCGGAUUCCGCCCCUCAAGCAGCGCCGCUACCAUCAGCAUUCAUGCACAUCACAUAUCCUUUUCCCUUCUACUUAAGAUGACCCCCCUGUCCUCCUCCCUCCUUUCUACACGCAACCAGACCGUUUCCCCUUCUAGCCCUCGCCUGAGCAAUAAUCCAUCUGCAAAUCUGCUUCUUUUUACUUUUUUGUCGUACCCAGCUAAAAGCAAUACUGUAUUUGAAACCCUUGGUCUGACAGAAUGCGUUUCUCACACGUCGUUGCCGCCUCAUUGGCCGGGCAAUUCGCCGCUGCUCAUGGAACAGGCAUGGAAGGCAUGCCUAAGACGUUUGGUAUGCCAACAGAACUACGCGCUAGAAACCCUUUCGCUCGCCUCCAAACCCUUUAUCCUGCCCAUUCUGCGCCUGUCCUUGGCCCAAGGCAGGAAGUUGAACGUUGUGGUCCGGCAAACGGCAAUCAAAAAUGCGCCGGAAACGAUUGCUGCUCAGCAAACGGCUACUGCGGAACUACAAAAGAUCACUGCAAAGCACCCGACUGCUUGUUCAACUACGGCCCUGGAUGCGACGCCAACAAGACCCCAUCUGGCGCAAGCACACGCAACGUUCCCCGGCCCAAACUUGGCAGCAUUCCCUACGGUGGAGCGGGCAUCUACGCCUGCAAAAAUCCCGGUACAGUAGCCAUCACAUACGACGAUGGACCUUUCGUCUACACUGAAUCCAUCAUGCGGCAGUUUGAGGCAAAGGGAGGCCGUGCUACUUUCUUCGUUACCGGCAACAAUCUUGGCAAGGGCGCCAUUGACCAACAGUGGGAUAAAGUUGUGCGGAACAUGUACGACAACGGACACCAAGUGGCGUCGCACACAUGGAGCCACCAGGAUCUCUCUGCCAUUACUAGGGAACAGGUCUAUGACCAGAUGGUCAAGAACGAAAUGGCAAUUCGCAACAUUAUUGGCCGCUUUCCGACAUAUAUGCGUCCACCGUACUCGUCAUGCAAUGGGCAGUGUCAGGAAAUCAUGGCUGAGCUAGGCUAUGUCAUUUCUUAUUUUGAUCUCGAUACUGAUGACUACAACAACCUCACGCCUGGGAUGCAGACUUCAAGAGACAACUUCAAGCAAGGUAUCGACACGCGCAGCAGCAACCACAGGCUGGCCAUUGCACAUGAUAUUCACGAGCUCACUGCUGAAAACCUCACUGGCUACAUGCUGGAUUACCUCUACGGCCAGGGCCUCCGCGCAGUCACCAUGGGCGAGUGUAUGCAGGAUCCCAAGGAGAACUGGUAUCGCCAGGGUUAGUCAGUCUUGGGUUGUGGGAUCGUCUUGAUCAUUUCAUCUUCUGUGUACAAAUAGGCUGUUGAUGUUGGUUGUUGUUGUCAAAACGUAGAGGAGAUAUACUUUAUAUUAAUGAUAUACUAGUGUGAUUAGAGAAAAGCACUGUAUAAAUUGCCAAGAAAAGAAAAGGAAACGGG